CCGGUAGUAAAUCCAACAAUAAUAAUAGCACCCUUUAUUACAUAUUUUAUUUUCCUUGUGAUAGGAAGCAAAAGAAAAAGAAGAUAAUGGAAGUAGCUGUCGGUAAGACCCUUUGGUUGGGUUUAAACCCCAAGAUUAUUAGCUGUAAACAAGAAAAGGGUAUCUUUGUUUCUAAUACUUUUUGCAGGAGAGCAUGUUUUCCUCCUAGAAUAAGAUAUAGGACUCUAAAGUUUCAUGGAAGGAAAAGACAUGAAUAUCUUCGUACAGCACAUGCUAUAUCAUCAGAUGUGGAAGAUGUUGGAGUUUCUUCCCAGUUUGAAGACUUCACUGUUACCCCUUGUAGUACUGAAGAGUGCCGAAAGCUAAAGAUAAGAGUCGAGGUAUCAGGAGCCAAAACUCGAGCAAUUUUUAAUGAAGUAUUUGACAAGAUGGUUGCUGAUGCCCAGCCAAUCCCUGGCUUUAGAAGAGUAAAAGGAGGAAAAACACCAAAUAUACCUAGAGAGAUUUUGUUAGAAGUCCUCGGAGCUUCAAAAGUUUACAAGCAAGUAAUCACUAGAGUAAUUAACUCCACUGUAGCUGAAUAUGUUGAAAAGGAAAGCCUCUCAGUUGGUAAAGAUUUAAGAGUAGAACAAAGUAUUGAAGAUCUUGAAGAGAUAUUUGAACCUGAUGAAAUUUUUAGCUUUGAUGCUGUCAUUCAACUUCAACAAUCAAAUUGAGCAAUGCCUACUUUUGGUUGAACUUUUGAAGCCUACAUCCCUAAUCAGGAUACAUGAAACAUGCAAUUCGGCUCGGUUAUUGCCAACUCGAGUUCAAGCAUUGAGCGAAUCAAAUUUGUGUAUCCCAAUAUUUAACUUGAGUAGCUUUUGAACUUAGGGUCUGUUUGAUUACCAGUAAAAUGUUUUCCGUAAAAUGAUUUCUGAAAAAUGUUUUACUUUUCUGUAAAAUAAUUUACUGGAAAAUA